AUGAUGGAAAAUGCUUCAGUUGUCACACUGUUAACUCUUACAGGUUUAGAUUUUACAUUGGAGUAUAAAAUUACUCUCUUCUUGUUAACUUUACUGUGGUACUUCAUUAUUCUGUUGGGAAACAUUAGUAUCAUUGUUGCCAUUGUUGUGGAUAAAAACCUCCAUGAGCCGAUGUAUAUCUUUUUGUGUAAUCUAUGCAUCAAUGCUUUGUACGGGACGCUUGGUUUUUACCCCAAAUUCCUUGUGGAUCUUCUGUCAUCUCAUGUAAUUUCUUAUGCUGGAUGCAUGCUGCAGGGUUUUGUGAUACAUUCAUCGAUUUGCUGUGAUUUUUCUAUCUUGGCUCUGAUGGCAUACGACAGAUAUUUGGCCAUAUGUCAACCUUUAACCUACCACUCAUUCAUGACAAAACAGAGAGUCACCGUCUUUGUGUUUUUCUCGUGGCUCAUACCUCUUUAUUGUAUGUUUAUGAACACAGCAACAUUAUUAGGAUCAAGUUUAUGUGGCUCACACGUGAAGAAAAUCUACUGCGUUAACUGGAUGAUAUUUACUCUUACCUGCUCGCCACCCGCAGCAAACAUUGGAGUCACAUAUUUUAAUCUUCUGUUUUAUUUAGCACAUUUUUUUUUUAUUAUUUGGACUUAUGUGUAUUUGAUAAGAACAUGCUUAAGAUCCACAGAAAGCUGGGGGAGGUUUAUGCAAACAUGUAUGCCGCAUGUGAUCUCUCUUGCCACUUUUUCCAUAUCUGUCCUUUUAGAUAUACUGUACAUGAGAUUUGGGUCACCGAAUUUAUCUCAGGAUCUCAGUAAUUUUAUGGCAAUGGAGUUUCUACUUAUUCCUCCAGCUGUGAAUCCAUUUGUGUAUGGAUUCAAACUUACCAAAAUUCACAACAAAUUUGUGAAUUUAGUUUAUAUUAAAAGGAAAGUUUCAAACUGUCAACCCAUGGAUUAUAACAUUAAAAGUGAGCUCUCUGAAACCGCGACAUAA